AUGCAUAAUGAUAAGAAAAUAAAAGAAAUAAAAGAUGGUUUAUGCAACUUUUAAAUAAAACCAAUAACUAUAAUAAAGGGUACAUCUGGAAUUGGAAAGUACUUAAGUAGUUUAAUGUUUAGAUUGUAUUUGGCCAAGACAAUUUUAGCAGAAUUUAAGUACAAAAUUUUGGAGGUAGAUUCAGCAUUUAGAGAUAUCUGGAUGUUAGAUGAAGUACAUCCGUUAAUGUAUUCUAUGUAAGAUUAACUAUCGAAAAUUGAUGAUUAACGAGGUAUUGAUAUCUAUAAUAGUAUUAGUUAUAAUUUUAAAAGAAAUUAGUGGGAUUAGUAAUUUGAAUUCAUUAAGACAAUUGUAAUAAUAAUAUACCUAUACAAAAUGCAAUAAGCCAUUAGUAAUAAUUGUAAAUACAACAGUAUUAAAAGAUUAUGAACUGACUAAAAUAUUAAGUUAAGAAUUUAUUAAAAUAUAUUGCAAUGUUGUUUUGCUAAAAAGUCCAACCAACAAUAAGAUUGAAAAGUAUUUGCACAGUUGUUUUCCAAGAGUUAGUUCAAAUGUAUUACAUUAAGUAAAUUUAAUAUAUUUACUAAGAUAGCAGAACUAUCAAAUGGUGAUAUUAGAAAUGCAUAUAAUUAAGCAUUAAUAUAUUCAAUAAAUUACAGAGAAGAGAAUUAAAGCAAAGAUUCUUAAUUAACAUUUUUUAAUACUGUGGGUAGAGUACUAUAUAACAAAAGAUUGGAUUAUUAUAAUAUUCCAAAACAAUUAACAUAUGAAGAAAUGAUAUCUAAACCUGAACCCAAAUAUUAUUUUGAUCCUUUUUAAUUAAUUGAAACUAUUUAAGUGACCUAAUAGACUUAUAGAGGGUAUAAAACCAAAUGUUUAAAUGUAGGUUUUUGUUUAUCAACUCAUUGAAAUUCUUGCAUGAUUUAAAAGAAAUGAAAUAAUUUUAUGAGAUUUAGAGUGAGGCAGAUGUAAUUGAAAAAGGAUUAUGCAGAUUUGAUAGAGUUAAUAUGCAUAUUAUCUUUAGUAUUAAGGAGACAUCUAAAAUAAUCAAUAUUUAGUUAGUAUGUUCGUUACUUUGGGUUAUAUGUAAACUAAUAAACACGUAAAACCAGCAAAAUCUAUGAUGCUUACAUUAAAUGGUCCAUAAGAUUAUUAAUUUAGAUAAGAGAGACUACUAAAAUAAAAUGAGAUGAAAUAAUUAAAACCAUUUAAAUGUUAAUAAAAAUAACUUGUAUUAAGUAUUUUAUAGGGCAGAAGAGUUUAAUUGCUAAAUUCUAAAAAUAAUUUCAUAUCAUAAAUUUCAAUUGAGGAUGAUUAAUUUGAUUAACAUUGGUUUGAAGAGGAUUAAUAGGAUCAAUAACAAAUCUCAAAUAAAAAAUAAAAUUCCAAGAAUAUAAAAAUUAAAAGGAAUUAAGGAGAUCUAAUUUCUAGAAAUAGAAAUUAAAGAUUGGUUGAAUUUUGUAAUGAUUUAUUAAAUUGA